AUGCAGUCUUUUCGAGAAAGGUGUGGUUUCCAUGGCAAGCAGCAGAACUACCAGCAGACUUCACAAGAUUCCUCACGCCUGGAGAAUUACAGGCAUCAGAGCCAGGCAGGGCUGAGCUGCGAGAGACAGAGGCUGCUGGCCAAGGAGUACUACAGUCAGCAGCCCUACCCAGCUUAUGACAGCACCGCCUCAGCCGCCGCCGCUGCCGCCGCCGCAGCCGCAGCUGCAGCCGCAGCCGCCGACAAAUACCACCGCGGGAAUAAGCCCCUUCCUGGCCAGCAGCCGCUCCAGGGGAGACCGACCUUUUCCAGUUACAACGUCCAGGAGAACAGCCCCUACCCCGGGCGCUACUCGGGAGAGGAGAGCCUACAGACGUGGGGAGCUCAGCAGCAGGCCCUAGCCGGAGGGGUAGCCAAGUAUGAAGAGAACUUGAUGAAAAAGACAGCAGUGCCCUCCAGUAGCCGUCAGUACCAGGAGCAGAAUACGCAGCUGCCCUUCCGAACUCACUCCCUGCACCUCCAGCAGCAGCAGCAACAGCAGCAGCCCUUGACAUACCCCAAGCUCCAAAGGCAGAAGAUCCAGAAUGACAUCCCCCCUAUGUCCUUUCCCCAGGGCUCUCAUUUCCCCCAGCAUUCCCAGUCCUUCCCUACUUCCUCCACGUAUUCUUCGUCUGUGCAGGGGGGGAGUCAGGGAGCCCACUCCUUUAAGAGCUGCACUGCCCCAGCCAGCCAGCCCCACGAGAGGUCCCUAGCUAGCAAUGCUAACCUGACUGCAGGGCAGAGGGUACAAAGCCUGCACAGCUACCAGUCCAGCAGAAUCGGCUAUGACCAGCAGCAGCAACAGCAACAACAGCAGCAGCAGCAGCAGCAGCAGCAGCAACAGCAGGCAGCUCUCCAGGGAAGACACCAUGCCCAAGAAACACUGCAUUAUCAAAACAUAGCCAAGUACCAACAUUACAAUCAGCAAGGCCAGAGCUACUGCCAGCCCGACACUCCGGUGAGGACCCCUGAGCAGUACUACCAGACCUUCAGUCCUAGUUCCAGUCAUUCCCCUGCUCGGUCUAUGGGUCGCUCUCCUUCUUACAGCUCCACUCCAUCCCCACUGAUGCCCAACCUGGAGAACUUCCAGUACAGCCAGCAGACCCUCAGCACAGGAGCCUUCCCUGCCAGCAUCACAGAUCACAGCCACUUCAUGCCCCUCCUGAACCCUUCCCCAACAGAUGGGACAAGCUCAGUGGACGCUCAAGCCGUGAAUUGUAAGAAUUUACAGAAAGACAAAAUCCCCGAGAAUCUGCUCUCAGACCUCAGCUUGCAGAGCUUGACUGCUCUGACCUCACAGGUAGAGAAUAUCUCGAACACUGUGCAACAACUCCUGAUGUCCAAAUCCACCGUUCCCCAGAAGAAGGGCAUCAAGAACCUCGUUCCUAGGACCCCGGAGCAGCUCAAAGGCCAACACUGUAGUCCAGAGAGUGGCAGCUACUCUGCCGAGCCUGUGGGCACCCCUCUGUCGGAACCUCUGAGCAGCACCCCACAGUCCAUUCAUGCGGAAGCCCAAGAGGCAGACUACCUGAGUGGCUCAGAAGAUCACCUGGAGAGGACCUUCCUCUAUUGUAACCAAACCCGGAACAGCCCUGCCAGAGUCACCAACAACUCCAAGGCCAAGCCGGAGUCCGUGUCCACCUGCUCAGUCACCUCCCCCGAUGAUAUGUCCACCAAGUCCGAUGACUCCUUCCAGAGCCUCCAUAGCAGUCUGCCCCUGGACACCUUUACCAAGUUUGUUGCCAGCGACCGGGAAUGUCCCCGUCUGCUGCUCAGCGCCCUGUCUCAGGAAGAGUUGGCUUCGGAGAUCAUCGUGCUCCAGGAGGCCAUCAGUGAAAAGGCUGACAAAGGCUGGAGCGAGUCUCCCGUCUUGGCUAAGGACCCCAGCAAGGCCUCAUUCUCUCUAGAGAACCACAAUACCUGCCUAGACCCUGUGGCCAAGAACACCUGGUCCCACCCUGGGGAGACAGAAACCCUACCUGAUCCGCUUCACAUCAACAAAGGCAACAGUACCAAGGACUUUGGUGAAGAGCUGUUUGAGGAUCCCCCAGUGGGGUUCACCAUGCCUGAAGCCAAGAAAUUACCCUGUUCUCUUCCAUAUGGUCCCAAACCGAAUCUCCCAGAUGCCCCGUCUAACACUGGGACGACUGCUUUUGGCUGCUUUCCCGAUACGACCACUGACUCAGUGGGUUCUGGUGAUAAUGCGAACCCUUUUGCUUGGCCAGAGGAGAACCUGGGGGAUGCCUGUCCCAGGUGGGGUCUACACCCUACAGAGCUUCCCAAGGGAUUGGGUCAAGGGAAGCCUCCUGAGGGGUCCAGCAAAGAGAAAACAGAUGAUACCGUUUGUAUGGGCUUCCCAGAGGGAGAGCCUUCGAGCGAGAAGGAAGAAGCAAGAGAUUUCAAGCAGGAGGAGGUCAGAGAAGUGAAGGAAGAAGAAGACAUUCUGGGGUGCCAGGAGCCCAGCAAAGCCGAUCGAUGGCUGGAGGAUAGUAGGCACUGUUGCCCAGCUGGUGACUUCAGUGAUAUCUCCUUGCUCCCCUCCUCUGAAAGAAAAGACUUGGAGGCAGAAGAGUACUCCUCCCUUUGUGAACUCCUGGCCAGCCCUGAGCAAAGACCUGGCCUUCAGGAUCCCUCUCCCCCAAAGACCCCAUUGAUCUGCACCAAGGAAGAGCCUGAAGAGUCCCUCAGCCCAAAGGCUAACUGGGUUUCUCCCUGCCGCCUCUCAGGAGAGUCCGUCAUCCUCCUGGGUCCAGCAGUGGGUACAGAGUCCAAGGUGAAGAGCUGGUUUGAGUCAUCCCUGUCUCACAUGAAGCCGGAGGAAGGGGGGGCUCCAGAGAAUGAAAGCACCCCUCCCGAGAAUGUAGCUCCCAGCGCUGCUCUGCCUGGGAAGUUGAAUAAGCCAGCAUUGCCUGAAAACACUUUGGCCAAGAAAGGGCCUAUGCCUCGAGGGAAGAGCCUGAGGAGCCGCCGAGUACAGAGAGGGCUGCCAGAGGGAGAGGAGUCUGGCUGCAAGGCCCCAGAUCUGCCCAAGGACCUUUCACUGCCCGAAGCCUGCACAGGGCAGCCCCAGGGGCAUACCGAAGGCGCAGGGGCUCCUGGCCAGCUGGGUUCUGCCGGGAGGGUGGUGGCUGAAGGACUCCCUAGGAUGUGUACCCGCUCUUUCACCGCCCUCAAUGAGCCCCGAACCCCUGGCUCACACCCACCCAGCCUAACUGGAGCAUCCUCCCAACCUGAAAAGCUGGGAACAAAACAGAGGGCCAGCUUCAAGUCUGGGAAGAGAGCGGGAAAGCUGUCCCCUAAGGUGGCCUCUAGCCCCAGCGACCCAGCGGCCUUGCCAGUGCCCAGCCUGGCCCAAGAGAACAGCUCCAUGGGGUCCAAGAUGAAGGAAACUGAGUCUCCAGACACCCCAGCUAAGGACCAGAGGUCCAUGAUCCUCCGGUCUCGGACCAAAGCCCAGGAGCUCUUCCACCCCAAGCGGAGGAGGCCUACAGAAGGGAGGCUGCCAAACUGCAAAACUGCCAAGAAACUCAUUUCUAAUAACCACCUACCACCCAGCUUCAAGAUGCCUGGCAGUGCCCAGAAAGAGGGGAAAGCAAACAGGAGGGUGAAACUCCCCAAACCUGCAUCCAGCGUGGGAGGCAAGCUGCCAGAGCAUCAGCUGCACUCCCUGAAGAGGAAGUCCACCUUCAUGUCCCCAAUUCCAGCCAAGAAGAGGAAUUUGAUUCUCCGAAGUGGAGGCAGCCCUGGGAGCAUCAAGGAGGAGAAGGCCGAGGCCUCCCCCAGCCUCUUCAAGAGGAUCUCCAGCCCAAAAAAAGCCAAAUCCACCAAGGGCACCUGUGAGCCCCCCCUGAAAGCCCCUCCUCCGGAGACCCCUAAUGUCUGCAUCAAGAUCACCUCUCGAGCUGCCUUCCAGGGAGCCAUGAAGACCAAGGUCCUGCCUCCCCGCAAGGGCAGAGGCCUGAAGUUAGAAGCCAUCGUGCAGAAGAUCACCUCUCCCAGCCUGAAGAAGUUUGCAUGCAAAACUGCCACAGCCGCAGCAGCUGCAGCAGCGGCUGCAGCAGCAGCAGCAGCGGCUGCAGCUGUGGUGGCUCCAACCCACAGUGGUAAUCCUCUGAGCCCUUCUCUCCCCGAGAAGGAGAGGGCCCUAAAGAAGGCCGGGGCCAGCCCUGCCAGGGGAGAAGCAAGGCCUUUAAACCCAGGCAUGGCUGAAAAGCCUCCCGAGGACCUCGGAGCAGAACAAUUAUGCAGAAAUUCCAACAACCGAUCCUUAAAAGGAAAACUAAUGAACAGUAAGAAGCUGGCCUCUGACUGUUUCAAGGGUGAGGCCUGUUCAUCUCCAGAGACACCCCAGCAGCAACAUCUCAGCCUGGUGCCCAAGAAGAGGAGCCGGAAGGGGAAGGCAGCGGCCCUGGGCCUGGCCAAGCUCCCCCUGGAGAAGCGAGCCCAUCUGGCUCCCAGCCUGCUCCUGGCCUCCAGGGAGAGGGCGGCCGUGGGGGGUGCCCUGGCCCACAGCGGGGAGGAUGGGGAAGGAGAAGAAGGGAAGAAAGCCGGCUUGGAGGACAAAGGCCUGACCCCAGAGCCCGCUGAGGGCAGAGCCUCCCAGCCCCAAACCAGGGCCCAGAAGCAGCCCGCUGGCCAGGCCAGCUACAAUGGUGGCUACUCCAAGCGGCAGCGCAAACGGCUCACUCGAGGCAAGGCCAAGAAUGUGGCUUCCCAGUGCAAGAGCCGGGCCAAAAGGCGAAGGCAACAGCAGCAGGCUCCCCCCUUGGACCCCGCUGAACCCGAGAUCCGACUGAAGUAUAUUUCCUGCAAAAGGCUUCGGACUGAUAGCCGAGCGCCACCCUUCUCCCCCUAUGUCCGGGUGGAGAAGAAGGACGAGUUCACCACCACUUGUAUUGUGGUCAACUCCCCUGGGGAAGAGCCCAAGCCCCGCAAGGAGAAGCCUUCCUCCUCCUCUUCCUCUUCUUCCUCCUCCUCCUCCUCCUCCUCCUCCUCGUCCUCCUCCUCCUCCUCCUCCUCUGCCGCCUCUCCCACCACCUCCUCCUCUGCCCUAGCCACCCUCCCAGGGGGUGCCUCGCUGCAGGCCCGGGCCGUGCUGCCCCUCUCGUCCACCAUGCACCUGGGGCCCGUGGUUUCCAAAACCCUGAGCGCGGCCUGCCUGGUCUGCUGUCUCUGCCAAAACCCCGCCAACUACAAAGACCUCGGGGACCUGUGCGGGCCCUACUACCCCGAGGACUGCCUGCCCAAAAAGAAGUCCAGACUCAAGGAGAAAGCUAGGGCAGAGGGGCUGGGGGAGGAGGCAGCACCCACCCUGGAGAGAACACUCAGAGGUCUGGAGAGUCCCUGCUUGGCCGUCACCGGUGCCGGGAAGCCCCCCAGGCUGGACGUCACGGCUGACUCAACCAAGCAGAGCACUCUGAGGUCCAGUUCCCGAGGACUGUACAGAAAGCUCCAGAGCUGCUACUGCUGUGACGAGCAGAGGACAACGGAAGAUGAAGAGGCCGCCUCUGCCGCCGCAGAUAAGCCCAGGAAGCAUGAGUGCAACAAGAGCGAGGCGCCACCCCCGCCGCCCGAGCUGAAUGGAGACACCCAGGAGCACUGGGUGCACGAAGGCUGUGCCAUAUGGACUGCCGGCGUUUACCUGGUGGCCGGGAAGCUCUUCGGCCUGCAGGAGGCCAUGAAGACAGCUGCAGAUGUGAGAUGUUCCAGCUGCCAGCAAGUAGGUGCCACCCUUGGCUGCUGCCACAAAGGAUGUCCUCAAACCUACCACUACGCAUGUGCCAGUGACACAGGUUGCAUUCUAGUUGAAGAGAACUUUUCUUUGAAAUGUCCUAAACAUAAGAGGCAGCUGUUGUAAUCUACCCUCCUGGGUCUUACCUCCUCCGUCUGGACAGGAGAUGGCGCCGAGCCUUGGGCCCAAUUCUCACCUGGAGCUGUGACCAGGACCACCCAAAUCGGCAAGGAAAAGAGGAAUAGGACCCUUCCUCCCCCUUGAUCCGCUCACCUAACCAGAGGCCCCUUCCUUCUGAAUGUUCUCACCCGCUCACGGCUAGCGUCCCGUCCGUUUGGGUUUUGCCCCUGCAAAGAACCACUCCUCAGAGCUGCCCCAGGCUUGCUGACCGGCGGAUGAGGAUUUGGGAUCCAUCCGGCAAGACCUCCCCCGCCCCACGUGUGCCCCAGCUCUCUUCCCAGGUCCCCGGCUUCCCCAGGACAGCGAUGGCAGAGGGAGGCGGGCAGGAGCUCGGAGGCUGUCACGCUGGGAGCCCUUUCCCGACUCUCGCCCGCUCUGAGCCCGCCAGCGUCGGAUGGGCAUCGCCCCAUCCUUGGAUGCCCUCACUCCGACUCUGCCCGCAUUGCCUGGCGCCCCAGCCGGACGGAGGGGCCCCGGACUCCUCCUUCCCGGUAAGCCGCCUCCGUGUUCAGUCCUAGAGAAGUCGAGGCCACGCCAGCCAGCGAGGGGGCGGCCCGAGGGCUGUGGGGAAGGCCCGGCCUCUGUGCCCUCAUCCGCCCACGUGCUACUCUCCCCCUCCUGCCUGGUGGGUCUGGCCCAGCCAGGCAUCUGCCACCCUUUGGAGGAGGGCGACUCUGCAUGUCCCGUG